GCACUGGGGAAGCUCCUCCAUGUUUUCGCUUGCGAGCUCUGCCCCUGCUCCUCCGCAGCUCGCUCUUUCUUUCACUCGUAGUGUAUUUUGUUCUGUUGCCUGCCUGCCACCAUGAAGGUUGUGGCUGCCUAUUUGUUGGCCCUUCUGGGAGGCAACUCCGCCCCCAGUGCCAAGGACAUUGAGUCCAUCCUCGGCGCAGUCGGCGCUGAGGCGGAUCCCAGUAGGAUAAGUCUGUUGCUGAAGGAGCUGGAAGGGAAGGACAUUCUGGAAGUGAUUGCAGCGGGUAAGGAGAAGUUUGCCUCCGUGCCCUCGGGUGGAGGUGGCGGUAUCGUCGUGGCUUCUGGUGGUGGUGGCGGUGGUGCCGCUGCACCAGCUGCUGAGGAGAAGAAGGAAGAGUCUAAAAAGGAGGAGGAGAAGGAAGAAUCAGAUGAUGACAUGGGCUUCAGCUUGUUCGACUAAGGGUUACGAAUUGGUAUUCUGAUCUAGUGCAUUUGAUAGAACUGGACAUGCAUGUCCUGAUUGUGUAUGCAAUCACUAACUUGCGGCUACAGAUUUUGGGAUCCUACUGUAGAAGAAUGUCACUUUUUACUUGUUGGGAUCCUGGUUUAGACAUCAAGAAGUUGAGAUCUACGACCUAAUUUUGUUUUUCA